CAUGGGGCCAUUCAUGCUGUGCAAUAGUUGACUGUGAUCGUGAGACUUUCGCUUUUUCAGAUUGACUGCCUGGAUUGAUACGGUUCAGCAGUCGACCAUGUCGGAAAGGGGUUUGUCGUCACCCCGCGGAAAGUCUACUUUCCCAGUGAUACGUCGCAACAGUUUCAACGAAAGCGAGUACAGUCGAUCAUCCUACGAAUCGUUAGGUCUCGUCGAUCAUGUGCAUCGCCUGGAGGCGCUUUUGUCCAAUUCGCUAGAAACCAGCAGUACACUGCAGACAUGUGUCGAUGAAGACGAUGACUUGGCAGCGGAAUUGAAACGGCUAGAACACGCAGAGCAGUUGCUGCGGCAAGAGUUGGAAGACCUCGAAGUAAAUGGCGUCCCGAAGCCGGAUUCAUCGACGCAAGGCGUUUUUUCGAGCGACAAUCGAGCUCGCGAAAGGACGCUGAGCGCUUCCAGAGAGGAACUGACAGUGAGCAAUGUAGAAGACGACGACGACGACGCAGACGAUAUGUUUAACUAUAUGCUGAACUUUACGACUGGAGCGUCUCCCCUUUCCACUUCGAAAGGACGCCUGAAAACAGACAGCGACAGGUUCGAUGCCAUUUCAACCCCCCCGCACACACCGCCUCGAACCGUCCUGUCACCACUGCGGCAACGUCGCUUGGAUGUCCUGGGUUUGGAUGACAACGCUUCUUUCCACGAACAAAGCUGCGCCCAAGAAGAUGGCAACACAAGACGGUCGUCGAGUUGGAGUGUGGAGGAUUGGUCCUCCUACAAUCAACCGUCGGAGGGGAGCCUCGAGUCGGAGAGCAUCGAGUCUGGAUCGGUAUUCUCCAAUCUAGGCGUCGCCAGCGUAGAUCGCUCCUCCUCCUUUCCAGUGGACGUGCUAGCCCGUGGCGAUGUUGACGAUGAGGAUAAACCUGUUAAAGCGACAAAGGUUGAUGUAUUGGCUGAUGGCGAUGUGGUUGAAGUGGAAGAGAUCGAUGAAGUGCCUCUCGAGGCUGCCGAUACACUGGCAUCCUCAACACCGUGGGCCAGGAGAAGGAUUCACAAUCAAACAGAGAUGCAGCAGAGUAAAUCCACAACACCAAUCAUUUCAAGUCGAAGUAUUACGACUUCCGCAGACACAGUUCAAAGCAGUUCUAUCGAAGUUAGUCGGAGUCCAUCAUCAGCAGCCAUACCAAAGAGAAUCCCCGCAAUCACCCCCCGCCACACAAAGACACCAGAAUAUGAUCACUUUCAAGGCCCAGAUACCUCCUCUCAACAUACCAUUCCCACUCGAAAAUCAUCGCGAAAGAAAAAUGAAUGGUCGGCCAUGCUGUCCCAUUCGGGGAAAGCAAAGGUCAUACUGCGUCCCUUGGCCAAUGAUCGUCCUGCUACAACAAGGGAUAAUUCAAUGUCUCCUCGUCUCUUUCCAAAGACUCGAAAUUCGCCUUCGGCGUUUGGCAAUGGACAUGCCGUCGAGACCCGCGGUAUACUCCAAACGGAAACUUAUCCGUCGUCGAUCUCCAAGUGCGACGAUCCCCAACGAUUCGAAGAUUUACAAUCUUUCGGAGCGGGGAGUCAAAAUCCGGCCCAGCAACAAGCCAAUGACGAAAGCACAUCGCGGCGGGUUGGAAGUCUCGUCUCGGCAGCUCCGAGGCAGGAUACACGCCGGCCGAAGGUUCCUCACCGUAUCGCGAUGGGCUAUGCUCAUCACCAACUGCGAGACGAUGACGAUCAGGAUGCGCAGGUGUCUACAUGCGGAUGGAAGUUCGGUGGCGAAAGGACUUCGAACGGAAUAUUCUUUUGCUUAGCCUUGAUUGCAUUGGUUCUUACCCGCUCUCCUUGCUCCGCUGUUGCCGCCCGCAAGGCCACGUUACGCUAUUCCAUCGACUAUUAUUCUACAGGCGGUGCACCGCACCUUGCCGGUAUCCUGCACCUUUUUCAAUAUCACUAA